GGAGAAAGCAGGUGAGCAUGGCAGUUGGUACAAUGUCACUGGAGAGAUGUUGGAGUGAAUGGGAAGAAAUAGAGAAAGAAUAUCAACAGCUACAGGAGACUCAUAAGGUGUACCGGCAGAAGCUGGAGGAUCUCGCGCACCUGCAGGCGAUCUGCAGCAGUGCCAUAUGCAAACAGAGGAAAGGCCUGAAAGAGCUUGGAUACACACUUCGUCAAUGCGCAAAAACGUGUGACAGCAAAGAGUCUCGGGCCAUAAAUCGCCUGCAGGCACAGAUUAAAGAGAAGCAGAAUGUCUUCUUCGACAUGGAAGCCUACUUACCAAAGAAGAACGGAUUGUACUUAAAUCUGGUUCUUGGAAAUGUGAAUGUAACGCUGCUCAGCAACCAGGCAAAGUUUGCUUAUAAGGACGAGUAUGAGAAGUUUAAGCUGUGCAUGACCAUAAUCCUGAUGCUGGGUGCCAUCACUUGCCUCUUCCUGUUGAACUACCGCGUCACAGACGAGAUCUUCAACUUUUUAUUGGUGUGGUAUUACUGUACACUGACCAUCAGGGAAAGCAUUCUUAUCAACAACGGCUCCAGAAUUAAAGGCUGGUGGGUUUUGCAUCACUACGUCUCCACUUUUCUCUCAGGUGUCAUGCUUACCUGGCCUGAGGGUAUGAUCUAUCAGACGUUUAGGAGUCAGUUCCUGGCCUUCUCCAUCUUUCAGAGUUUUGUGCAGUUUCUACAGUAUUAUUACCAGAGCGGGUGUCUGUAUCGGCUGCGUGCUUUAGGGGAGAGGAAUCAGCUGGAUCUGACAGUAGAGGGUUUCCAGUCAUGGAUGUGGAGAGGACUGACCUUCCUGUUGCCGUUCCUAUUCUUUGGACAUUUUUGGCAGCUGUACAACGCAGUGACUCUGUUUAAACUUGCUGCACGUGAUGACUGUAAAGAGUGGCAGGUAUUCAUGCUGGCUCUGACGUUCCUUGUGCUGUUCUUGGGGAACUUCCUCACCACACUGAAGGUGGUCCAUCAAAAGAUCCAGAAGAACAACCAGAAGGAGGAGGAGGAGGAGGAGCAGAAGAAAAACUGACACUGUGCUUCCUGAGGUUCACUACACGGUUGGUUGUCAUGGCAACGUCAUUGCAGAGACUAUGUGAAAGGAGAGAGAGCGGCUGUCUCUCAGACCUCCACGUGCUGUUGGGCGUCACUCGCCGGUGUUUGAUUUUGGACAUUUCAGUGAUUUUACACACAGGUCAAACAUUUUUAUUGUGGUCAAUGUUCAUGUUUACACAAAAGAUUGCUGCUGGAGAUGCACACGUGAUCAGUGAUUUCACAAAAGGACAGGGGAGGAAACGGGAUCUCCGAUGGGCUAUUGAUUAAACAAUGCUGAAUUAAAAA